GCAGGGAGCCCAAUGUGGGGCUCAAUCCCAGGACCCCGGGAUCAUGACUUGAGCCGAAGGCAGACGCUUAACGACUGAGCCACCCAGGCACCCCUACACAGUGAGUUAUAAGAGCUCACACUAGGCUUAUCAAUAAGACAUGUAAGACAAAGAGAAGAUCCAGAAAGCCUCCAGAGAGGUGAUAUGUGGAGGGCUGGGAGCCAGAACAGCACCAAUUUUCUCCAUCAUAAUAUCAGAAAUGAGAAACGAUGAGGCAAUGCCUUCUAAUUCUAGAUAAACCAUUUCCAACCUAGAAUUUCCUACCCAGCCAGCCAGUUAAGUGUGAAGACAGGUUAAAGACAUUUAUAGCUUCCGGUUUGCUAAGCAGACAUCGGACUUUGGAAGUGCUGUUCUUUACAGGCUCUGGGAGUAGAAGGGUGUUGAUAGCGGCACGGAGGGGGUUAACCGAAGUGCUCAUAUUCUCCCGCUGGGCAGGGAUUUAACCGCUACCAUGUCCAACAAAAGGGGCAAAGACCAGGACCACCAAGAAGCACCCCCAGUGCUCAACAUCCAACGUUUUCGCCAUGUUUGACCAGUCACAGAUUCAGAAAUUUGAAGAGGCCUUCAACGUGAUUGAUCAGAGCAGGGAGGGUUUCACUGACAAGGAAGAUUUGUAUGCUAUGCUUGCCUCCCUGGGGAAAAAUCCAACUGUUGAGCAUCUGGAUGCCAUAAUAAAUGAGGCUGUGGGGCCCAUAAAUUUCACCAUGUUUCUCACUGUGUUUGGUGAAAAGCUAAAUGGCACAGAUCCGGAAGAUGUCCUCAAAAAUGCUUUUGCUUGCUUUGAUGAGGAAGCAGCUGGCACCAUCUGGGGCGAUUACCUGAGAGAGCUGCAGACAUCGGUGGGAGGCCAGGUUACAGGUGGGUGA